UUUGCGGUGGUGACUUGGCGCAGUGUGUAACUCGCUCUGGCUAGCGAACAGCGCCGUUCUGUGCAAAUCUCCAGACUGUUCCGUUUGGGCUGUGAAUAGCGUUAACCGAAAGCGUUUGCUUUGCUGCUUGUGGUGUGUUUGGAAGCGCCAGAUCGAUACUGGUGGCGUGCAGUUUAGAAUAUUAUCGCUCUGGAUAGAACCUUCCAAUCUAGAGGUGUUAUAACAGUGGACCAAUAUUGGGGCAGUGUAGCCUGUAGCGGCAGUGUAGCGUUGUGAUUGUGAAACCAGCUCAACUCGACAAGCAACCGUCGCUAAAAACAGUCCCAGCCUCGAAGGGUUUCUGUCAGCGAUGAAGUCACGCAGCUCCUGCGGUCAUCUGGCGCAGGCAAUGGUGAUGGUGUGGCUGCUGCACGCUUCCACACUGCUGCUAUCAUCCACCAACGGCCAGGAGUACGACAGCAGCUAUGAAGAGCAUCUCAACUUUAGCGAUGUGUUUACGGACAUUGCGGAGGACCUAACGACCGGCUACAGCCAUGGUGGUCCGGAGACCAUCCACACAGCCUUCCGGAGCCACUGUCAGGCCUGCCAGUUCCGGAACGUGUACGCGAUGGCUUCGCUCAAAUCGAUCCAAGCGCACGUACUGAUGAAGCUCGGCAUUGAAUCCAUGCCGAACAGGACGCAGUACCCGAAGAUACCGCGCCACAUUUUGGAAAGCUUCACCAGGCAGGAGGGUGUGCCCCUGCACUCGCCCAGCAUGGUGCGCGAUACGGACUACAUGGCGGACGAACCGUCCGCCGGCGUGGAGGAGAUCGAGGAGGACUUUGACUACUAUCCGAUCACGAACAAGAUCUACAUUCUGGCGAAACGAAAAGCAAACCGACCGAAAACACUCGAAUCAUAAAGCGUUUUUAGUUUUUAAGAUUAGAAUUUUAAGCACCUGGGGAUAUAAUACAUUUUGAAUAUUAAUUAUUUCCUUUCCAGUUUACCUAACGUUUAUCUUUGACCUUUAUUUCAGACUUUGUCGAUUAAUUUCAGUCGCUAUGUUCGAUAUAAAUUAUUAACCCAUUUCUUUCGUUUCAGUAGGAUUAUCUUACAAUCUCGAAGCUCUUCUCCUUUCCAGGCCACUUCGAUGAAGCUCAGGCUCAGGUGAUUUCACCCGGCUUACCAGCAACCAUCCGAGGCCUUCCUUAUCUCGCGACGCGCUCAAGGGUACGAGCAAAAAGGGAUCAUUUAUAAGGAUUUAUCUCAAACGUUCGAGCCACUUUAGGGCCGCCCCAUCCAAUUGGAUAUAUUUGAACAUCCCGUUUAAGCUUGUCCCGAGUGGUUUAAAUUAAUCGACACGCUCUUCAAUGUCGUUGUCGGGGCACUUUCCGUGCUUAAAUGAAAACCGGGCACGAAAGGACACAAAUAAAAGUUCCCUCUUGGAAGGUAAUUAUUCACACUUCUU